UGUGUACUUAAACACAUCUGUAGGCUGUUAUCUUCCUCUCUCAUCAGUGUUCUAUACGUGCUGAGAGAGUUUCUGUCUUCUGCUGACCCACAGCAGAUUUUGAGGGUGUGAUUUAUAAGUUCUACUAAGAUUCUUUUCAUCGUUCAUUUAUGGUAUGGAGUUGGUUGAACAGAAGCCUGGAUCAUAACUCAGGAUUAUAUUUACAAUGCCUGGAGGUCACAUUAUCACUUUGAUGCUUCUAAUUUGGUCAUUUGUUGGUGGAGGGAUUUGUGAGCGUAAUGUGGAGGGUGUGUUACACGGUCGAGUGGAGCUCCACGCAUGCCAUAGACCCCAACAAACUGUGAAAAGAGUGGAAUGGAUUAAAUAUAAAAGUUCAACACAAACACGUCUGUUAUAUACAUUUGAACAGUCAAGUGACACUUCAUGCUUCUUCAACUCUUCCCAAAAUAUUCAGUUUAUUAAAGAGAAUAGGAGUCUUAUUUUUGUUAAUCUGACAAAAGAAGAUGAAGGUGUUUAUCAGAAUAAAUUAUUGUUUAAUAAUGGUUCGACAGAGCCAUGUAACAUCACUUUAUCUGUACUAUCUCCUGCGACUGCAUUAAGGAUAUCUGUGUCCAGUUCUAACUGCACUCUGACCCUGAGGUGUGAGGUGAGAGGACAGUUUCUGAACCUGCGCUGGUUUUGGAACGGCCUCCUGCUGCCAGAUGACCAGAGAAUCAGCAUCAGUGAGAGGAACCUGACUGUGCAUGUGUCUAACCUGAACCACUCAGACUCGGGCACGUACACCUGUCGGGUUUCAAAUAAAGCUGGGACGUCAGAGGCACAUGUGAACAUCACAGAAAACACUACAAUUUGUCAGGACAAUGUAAAAAAAGAAGAAAAAGAAGAAGUAAACGAAGAAAAACAACAACGACAAGAGUUCCUGAUCUUUGCUGGACUUGGAGUUGCAGUUAUUUCCACCUUGCUUGUGUGCAUCAUUUUAAUUUGCAUCUGCAGAAAAUGUUUCUGUAGAAGAGAUUCACCUAACAGAAGAAAAGGUCAUAGAAAAACAAAUGAUAUUGCCAUGGAAGAGCCAGUAUAUGAUGAGCCCAACUGUCCACAAGAACAAGUACAAGAAACUUCAUUUGAUGAAGAACCUGAUGCUCCGAUAGUGAACACUCUGCCAUAUGUCUACACGGACUUCAUAAAGCCAAAAGCUAAGCUAACCGAAAAGCAACAGGAUGAAGAGGCUGGCUACUCCACCAUUGCAGAAAUGCAAGCAAACAAGAAGCCCCUUCAAAACCACACAGGAGUCAAUAAAGCAGCGGCUCUGACAGAAUGCAUGCUAACAGUAGUUAGUGACUAAACUACAGUAUUUAGGUUUACUGUAAACUGGUGCAACACCAGGAUAAUUCAUUAGAAGUUUUGCAGAAGUGUGGUGCCAUCCUUUCCUUUUAAGUGUAUUCAAUGAAUAUUGUUUGAGGAAGUUGGUUUUGUGUUUCUCAUUCAGUGUUUUUUCAGUCCUGGCCAAGAAGCCCUGAUCCUGUGAAGUUUAAGUUUACACAGAAUUAUCUUAAAAUUAUAUCUAUACUAUAUCUAUAUUACCUAACUUUGUGGGUUGUGAGUUCAUAACCCGAGUUCAGCAAGUUCCCACUGUUAAACCCUUAACCCUUUGUGCUCCAAGGGUGUUGCAGCAACGGCUGCCUUACCCUGCACUGGGCAUGUGUGCACUUUUUUCAUUGUAACUAAUGUUUCUGCUUGUUAACUUAAUACAAAAUGCUGUGAUUUUGUACAAGUUGU